CCGCGCCCGCCAUGUCCCGCGGCUCCAGCGCCGGCUUUGACCGCCACAUCACCAUCUUCUCGCCCGAGGGUCGCCUCUACCAAGUCGUUUGUCUGGCCAGACUUACGAACAUUGUGCUUUGUAAGCUGAGAACUACAAUAGCUGUUAAAAACGGGUCUGGAACUACCUCAAACCAUGCAUGCCAGAUAAGCAAGAAUAUGCUUUUAAGGCCAUAAACCAGGGCGGACUUACAUCUGUAGCUGUUCGUGGGAAAGACUCUGCAGUAAUUGUAACACAGAAGAAAGUACCUGACAAGUUACUGGAUUCCAACACAGUGACUCACUUAUUCAGAAUUACAGAAAAUAUCGGCUGUGUGAUGACAGGAAUGACAGCUGACAGCAGAUCUCAGGUGCAGAGAGCCCGCUAUGAGGCUGCUAACUGGAAGUACAAGUAUGGUUAUGACAUCCCUGUGGAUAUGCUGUGUAAAAGGAUUGCAGAUAUUUCUCAGGUCUACACACAAAAUGCUGAAAUGAGGCCUCUUGGUUGCUGUAUGAUUUUGAUUGGAAUCGACGAAGAACAUGGCCCUCAGGUGUACAAGUGUGACCCAGCAGGUUACUAUUGUGGAUUCAAGGCCACAGCUGCAGGAGUUAAACAGACAGAGUCAACCAGUUUUCUUGAAAAGAAAGUAAAGAAGAAAUUUGAUUGGACAUAUGAACAAACAGUAGAGACAGCAAUAACAUGCCUGUCUACUGUACUAUCCAUUGAUUUCAAACCUUCAGAAAUAGAAGUUGGUGUAGUUACAGUGGAAAAUCCUAAAUUCAGGAUCCUUACAGAAGCAGAGAUUGAUGUGCACCUUGUAGCUCUGGCAGAGAGAGACUAAUUAGUGUUCCCUUUUGCAUUGUCUGUGCUUCUGGCCAGGAUAUUUGGUGAAAACACUUAUUAAUGGCUUUAGAUUAUGGGUGGAAAACCAUGUUCACUAUAUGAUGUAUUUUACUCUGUACAAAUAAAACAGAGGUUUUUGAAAUA